UAUGUCAAGCUCUGGACCAGGCUCCCUCCUCCUCCCUCCUCCUCCUCCAAACUCUUUUUGGCACUAUGUUGACCUUUGGGGACUAAGCGGCACGGUCAUGGUUGACGAAAUUGCCCUCCAUCUUCGUUGAAAUCUCGAAGCUUUUCCUUUCCUGCCUCGUCAAAGAUCCUCUCUGCUCUUUGCCUUGCUUGCUCGCACUUUCUCUUCCAUUUCCCUCUCUUUCUCGCUCAUGAGAGCUGCGUCAGCUUCAACAACCACAGAGGGGGGGAGAGAGACAUCAAUGGAUUUCUUCAUUGAAGGUGUGGGGGAGAGCUCCUCUCCACCGCGCACCUUGAGUGGUUUCGGCAAUUAUGACGUGAGGAAAGAUGUGUAUAGUCGUUUAGUUGAAAACGGCCAUGGCCAAGAGGCGGAAUUUCGGGAGCAGUUAGACGCUCACUUCAACCGAUUUCCUCCAAGUUAUUUGCUUGAUGUUAACAUGGACAGAGCUGAAGAUGUUUUAUUACAUCAGAAACUUCUUGCUUUGGCAAGGGACCCAAGCAAGCGUCCUGUCUACAAUAUACGCUUUUUGGAGCACAUCUCUACUAGAAUGGAUGGUCAAGAUCAGCAAAUUGUUAGCGCUCAUUCUAGCACAAGGCCAUCUUCUCCUGCAUCUAAUGGGGAAGCUGUAUCAUCUCAUAAAAGGGCAAGAGACUGUGCAGCUGAGUUUGAGCCUUGCUCUAAGCUUGAAGAUCUAAAUUUGGAUGUUCGAAAGAACUCCAAGGAGGCUACAGACAACUACUACCAGAGGCAUGAGGAAGUGAGUGUUCCAGUUCAUGAAGUUAUAUUUUCUGCCAUUGACAAGCCGAAGCUUUUAAGCCAGGUAAGUUUGAAAUAUGUAUCUUAUUUGUCAAAUAUUGGAAUUAUAUUUUUCAAAAUAGUUAGAAUUCCGAUUAUUUGGUGUUCUCUUGAGGAAGACGAUCUUUUCAAAAAUGAUGAAGAUAUCUAUUGGAAGCUUCUUGAGCCAUAUGAAAGACGUCAAGAAAAAGAUGGAAAUCUAUCGGGUCGUUCCACUCACAGAGGAGGAGUACAAGUUUAUACAAUGAGUGGUGCCAGCCACGGAAUUAUGCUCUGUUUCUUACUAUGCUUGGAAAGCGUUUUCAUGUUUAUCGCCUCGCCUCGCAUGAAAGACAACCUAACAACAACUUGA